AUGAAUCUGAACCAACCAGACCAGGAGAAAGAAGGUCAGAUGAAUGUGGGAGGCAGGACAAGGGCACAAACUGUACCAGGAUAUUGCGCGAAGCCUAGACAGCAGAUGGAGCGCUUUGUCCAAGUUCCCCAGGGCCUGUACCAGGCAACACACUAUGGGAACACACUGUCUUUGGGCCCGCCUGGAUUCUCUGACCAACAGCCUGACUGGAGGCAAAACACUGGUGCCCCUACUUUCCUGGCCAGGACCGGGAUGGUGGUGCCUAUAAAUGCCUGGGCCUACUGCACUGACCCUUACAAGAGGGUGCAGCUUAAGGCCAUUUUUUCCCAGAUGAACCCCAGCCCAGGCCUGCAGUUGUGCAAGGCCAACACCAAAGAGGUGGGCGUGCAGGUGAACCUACGUGUGGACAGGUCUGUGCAGUGCUCACUGGGCCCUCUCACCCUGCGCAGCUGCCUUUCUUGGGGCUGCAGGGGCCCCAAGGCAGCCCUGCCAACCUGGGAUGGCUAUUCACCAGUGAUGGGCCUUAGGGGCUUGAUCCAGCUGCAGAAGAAUGGGAAAGACAGGAAGGAGGAGGAGAGGAAGGAGCUUUCGAGUCUGGAAGGGGCCAGCCAGCAGCAGCAGAAGUCACCACCAAUGCCAAGGUCACAACAGGACAAGCAGGAGCAACUCUGGCAGCAGGCCAAGGUGGGGGAGAAAGAUGCCUCAAGUUCUGGGGAAAGACAGGGCAAGCAGGCCCAGGGAGAUGCCCACCCACUCAGGAAACCCAGCUUCCAGUUUUUGGAACGAAAAUAUGCCUAUUUUCACUGUAAAGAUUGUAAGACUAGAUGGGAGAGUGCUUAUGUGUGGUGCAUUUCUGGAACUAGUAAGGUUUAUUUCAAACAACUCUGUUGCAAAUGCCACAAGAGUUUUAACCCUUAUCGGGUAGAAGCAAUCCAGUGUCAGACUUGUUUAAAGUCCCGUUGUUCCCACCCUCUAAAGAAAAGACACAUCGAUCUGAGGAGGCCUCAUCGACAGGAACUAUGUGGCCGCUGCAAAGACAAGACAUUCUCCUGUGGCAAUAUUUACAGCACUAAAUACAUCAUGUGACAGGCAGUAUGAUUUGUACAGGUCACCCUAACUCUUCUUGUCACUUACUGCACUGUUCCUUUUUUGCACCUUAGCUCUGACUGGGUUUUGGAAAAUG